AUGACUGUCGUAAAGUACGUAGUCAAUGAAACAUCGCGCUUUCAAACUUUUGUCGCCAACAGGCUACAAGUAAUUCAGGAAGGUUCCAAGGCUGAGCAGUGGCGGCACGUGCCUGGCAGUCUCAAUCCUGCUGACGAGGCCUCUCGAGGACAGAGUGGAGAAAGUUUUGUCCGAAACAAGCGAUGGUUGCGAGGUCCUGACUUUCUGAAAGAUUCUGAGGAGAGGUGGCCUGUGUUGCCUCCUCUGUCAUUGCGCCUAGAAACUAAUGACCCGGAAGUGAGAAAAUCCCCAGUAUCCGUCAUGGUUCAGUCAAUAGGUGUUACUAGCGACAGUUUUGAUGGUGAUGAUUCGGUGAAUAAGCUCAUACACCAUUUCUCAUCCUGGUAUAAACUAAAACGAACAGUUGCGUGGAUUCUCAGAGUUAAGAAAAUGUUACAGAACAGGGUUCGCAAUGGAGUUUGCUCCUCUGAUAAAGCUCCGCUCGGUUUGGAACCAUUGACUGUGCAGGAGUUAGAGAGUUCAGAAAGGUCAAUUCUAAAUUUCGUUCAGCGAAAAGCCUUUGCUGAGGAGUUGGACUCUAUCGCCAGUGGAAGACCUGUUAAGCAGAGUAGCUCAAUCAGAAGGUUAGACCCUGUAGUAGACAGUGCUGAUGAUUUACUGCGCGUCGGAGGACGUCUUGCUAGAGCAGCGCUGCCUCACGGAACGAAACAUCCGAUCAUUCUGCCUAAAAACACUCAUGUUGGUAUGCUAAUUCUGCGUCAGAUCCAUAGAGAUGUCAUGCAUGAAGGCAGGAAUCACAUGCUUUCAAGACUGCGCCAGAGAUACUGGUUAAAUAACGCUCCUUCAGCGAUCCGUCAAGUUAUUUCAAAGUGUGUCUUAUGUCGGAAACAACGUGCCAAAGUUGGAGAGCAGAAAAUGGCUGAUUUGCCCAGCGAAAGACUAGUUGCAAAUGAACCACCAUUCACAUCGGUGUCUUGCGACCUGUUUGGUCCUUUUGAAGUCAAAAGGGGCCGAUCACGCACAAUGGCCAAACGAUAUGGAGUUAUUUUCACGUGCAUGACAAUCCGAGCUGUGCAUAUAGAGAUUGCGGAAUCACUGGAUACUGACUCCUUCAUGAAUGCCUUGCGAAGAUUCAUUGCGCGGAGGGGUCAAGUACGGAAAAUGCGUUCUGACAAUGGCUCAAACUUGGUUAGUAGUGAAAAGGAGUUGAAGGCGGCCAUUAAAGGAUGGAACACUGCGCAGAUCAGCAAAUGCAUGCUCCAACGCAAUGUUGACUGGGCCUUUAAUCCUCCUUUAGGUUCACAUCAUGGAGGUGUACACGAGAGACAGAUCAGGACAGUCCGAAAAUGUUUAUUUGGUGUGCUGAAGGAGCAAAGUGUAACUACUGAUGAAGGACUGAGGACAGUCAUGUGCGAAGUAGAGGCCAUUAUCAACGAUAGACCAAUAACAAGGGCAUCAGAUCAAUGUAAUGAUUUAGAGGCACUGACGCCUAAUCACUUAUUGCUGAUGAAAGUCACACCAAACUUGCCGCCGGGUUUGUUUAGUAAGGACGACAAUUACUGUCGGAGGCGUUGGAGGCAAAUCCAGUACCUCGCGGACCUUUUCUGGAAAAGGUGGUCCAAGGAAUAUCUGACCUUGCUUCAGGAGAGACAGAAGUGGUCGUCUGAGCGUCGAAACAUCGCCGUCAAUGACAUUGUGAUUUUAGUGGACAGUCAAGCACCACGCAACUCUUGGUCACUGGGUAGGGUUCUAGAAGUGGUGCCUGAUAGACAUGGGUACGUUCGCAGUGUUAAGGUCAAAACUCAAUCAAAUAUCUUGGUCAGGCCAAUCACAAAACUGUGCGUUAUCUUAGAAAUGGACUAA